CGUCCACGGGGUCAAUCCCUCCCCUCACCCGCUGCAGCGAGCCCCGCCCGUCCAGAUCCCGUGCAUCCCCGUCCGAGAUCUCGCCGAAUUUGCACCGCCGCGGCGGCCAUGGCAGUGCCCUCGCCCUCUCCCACCCCGCGCUCCCCGCGCCGCCCGGAGGCCAUCGUAGCUCCGGAUCCUUCAUCCGCUGACGCGCAGCCCUCCCUCGACUUCGGCGACCCGGCCUCCCUCGCCGCGCUCCGCGCCCUCACCGACGCUGGCGCCGCCACCCGCCUCCUGCACGAAUGCGUCGCCUACCAGCGCGCACUCGACGCCCGCCUCGAUUCUCUCCUCGCCCGCCGCGCCGAUAUCGACCGCGCCGCUGCCUCCCUCCUCCGCUCCGCCCCGCCGCUGCUCUCGCUCGCGGCCUCCGACGCCGCCGCGCUUAAGGAGUCCUCCUCCUCCACAGCAGCGCUCGCCGACGCGCUCUCCUCCCGCGUCCGCCACCUCGACGCGGCGCAUUCCAGGGCGGACGCCGCGCUGGCGCGCGCCGAGGCCGCGCUGGACCGGUCCCGCGCGCUCGAAGCAGCGAGGCGGGCCUUGGCCGCCGACGAUCUCGCCGCCGCCGCCACCGCCGCGCACGAAUUCCUCACCAUCGACGCGCGGUUCCCCACUGACGACGACCUCCGCCGCGACCUUCUGGACAUCAAGCGCCGCCUCGAGGGGCUCGCGCGACGGAGGCUCGCAGCUGCCGUCGACGCACAGGACCACCCUGCCGUGCUCCGACUCGUCCGCCUAUUCCCACUCCUCGCGCUCGCUGAUGAGGGACUCCAGGUCUACGUUGCCUACCUGAAGAAGGUGGUCGCUCUCCGUGCCCGCGCAGACUUUGAGCACCUUGCCGAGCUGACGUCUGCAACCCAGCCGACCUCUGAGCGGCCGGAUUUUGUGGGUGGCCUCACUCGUCUCUUCAAGGACAUUGUGCUCGCUGUUGAGGAGAAUGAUGCUGUGCUUCGUGAACUCAGGGGUGAGGAUGGUGUUGCUUAUGCCAUCAUUGAGCUGCAGGAGGAGUGUGACUCACGGGGCACGCAGAUCCUACGCCGGUAUGCUGAUUACAGGAAGCUUGCACGUCUUGCAUCGGAUAUAAACUCCUAUACGAAGAACCUCCUUUCAGUUGUGGGUUCCAUGGCCAGUGCUGCUGGAGGCAACGAAGGGCCUGAUCCCAGGGAAAUUGAGCUUUAUCUUGAGGAGAUUCUUGCAUUAACACAGCUUGGAGAAGACUACACUGAAUUUAUGGUGAAUAAGAUCCGUGGAUUGAGAGAUGUCAAGCCCGAACUUGGGCCGCAGGCGAUGAAGGCCUUCCGUAAUGGUAGCUUUAAUAAAAUGGAGCAGGAUCUGACUGGGUUCUAUGUGAUCUUUGAGGAGUUUUUCAUGGUGGAGAAUGUAAGGAAGGCCGUACGGAUUGAUGAGCCCGUACCAGAUGGUCUCACAACCUCAAUGGUGGACGAUGUAUUCUUUGUACUGCAGAGUUGCUGCCGUCGGGCUGCAUCCACUGCAAGCAUAAACUCUGUUCUUGCUGUGCUUGGUGGGGCAACAAGCCUUCUGAGCAACGAGUAUCAGGAGGCACUACAGUGGAGGAUGCGGGAGCCAAAUUUGGGUGCAAAGCUCUUCCUUGGUGGUGUUGGAGUCCAGAAGACUGGUGAGGAGAUUGCGACUGCGCUAAACAACAUGGAUAUCAGCUCUGAGUAUGUUCUGAAGCUCCGUCAUGAGAUUGAGGAGCUCUGUGCGGAGCAGGUUUUUCAUGCUCCAGCUGACCGAGAGAAGAUCAAAUCCUGUUUAUCAGAGCUAGGAGAGAUCAGUGCUUCCUUUAAGAAGAUCCUUCAUUCUGGAAUGGAGCAUCUGGUGGCAUCUGUGGCACCACGCAUUCGUCCAGUCCUUGACACUGUUGCUAAUGUCAGUUAUGAGCUGGAUGAUGCUGAAUAUGGGGAAAAUGAGGUGAAUGACCCAUGGGUGCAGAAGCUUAUACUUGCAGUUAACAUUAAUGUUGCUUGGCUCCAGCCAGUGAUGACAUCAAACAACUAUGAUUCCUUUGUGCACUUGAUCAUCGACUUCAUAGUCAAGAGGCUCGAGGUGAUCAUGAUGCAGAAGAGGUUCAGCCAGCUUGGUGGGCUCCAGCUUGACAAGGAGGUCCGUUCUCUGAUCAACCAUUUCUCAGAAAUGUCUCAGAGACCAGUCCGAGACAAGUUUUCGAGGCUUUCCCAGAUGUCAACCAUUCUGAACUUUGAGCGCGUAUCAGAGAUACUGGAUUUCUGGGGUGACAAUGCUGGCCAUCUGACAUGGCUGUUGACACCCGCAGAGGUGCGGAGGGUGUUAGGACUUAGGAUUGACUUCAGGCCUGAAGCGAUUGCUGCUUUGAGGCUCUAAAUUGUGUGUUUAUAUGUACUUGUUAAUUCUUUUUAUGUGAUAUAUUAACAAGAUCUGUUUUCUGUUUUGAUACAGUUAGGACUCUUAGCAAUUUUGGUUGCAAAUGACAAACAUCUGUAUUGUUGCAGUAUACCUUUUGGCUGUUAUGAACUUAUGGUAGGGUGAUGUUUGCGUCUA